UUUUUUUUUUUUUUAAAAAAAAAAGUUAUACUAAAUAAUUUGAGAUGGGAGAGUAAGCAGCAAGAAGUAAACAACCAUCAAACGAUGGUGACCUUUUCCUAUUAACUUACAAGACUUGAGAAAAUGAAAUUAAAAAAUCCCAUUUGUAGUGGAUCUCGAGCCUUACGUUUGUUGUGCCACAUGACAAUUUAUUAUUGGCUUUGCUUUUCCUCAUGUAAAUCACUAACACUUUGAAACCUUCCAAUCAUUCUUAUUACUACUUAGUAGUAUAUAAUUUUUUCACCCCAAAAAUAUAAUAGUUGUCUUCUUCAAUUCACUCAAUCUUAUCUCUCUAAGCCAUGGGACAGAUUCUUGAAAAAUUCCAAGGCAAGGAAUGGAGGGAGAGACAGCUGAGAAAGAUAACAGACAAGGUGUUUUAUCGUUUCCAAAACGAAACAGGAAAAGCUAAUCUGAAGUUUGAAGACCUUUACAUUGCUAUUCUACUUAUCUACAAUGAUAUCAACAAGCAUUUGCCUGGUCCUCACUUUGAUCCUCCUUCUAAAGAUGAAAUUAGAGCCUUGAUGCAGGAAUGUGAUAUGAAUCUUGAUGGUGAACUAGAUCAUGAAGAAUUUGUCAAAUUUGUGAAAAGGGUAACAAAGGAUACCUUCAUCACUGUGAGUCAGGGACUGAUUAUCACCUUGGCAGUAGCACCAACAGUUGCUCUUCUAACAAAGAGGACAACAGAAGGAGUCCCUGGUAUUGGCAAAGUGGUGCAGAAAAUACCAACUGCUGCUUAUGCCUCUCUGGUUACCCUCACAGUUGUCAUGUUUCAGAAAGCUAGGGAAUAAUGAACUUUUUUUUUUUGUUUUCUUACAGAACCAAGUUUCUUAUGUGUAUAACAAAACAGAUUUCUGCUAGACUGCUACACUUGCAAGUUGUUCUUUGAGCAUCUCAUCUCAUUGUAGCACAUAUUUACAAUAAUUCCAGAAGUUUAUUGUGUA